CCAUAAAUGCCUUGCUCAACCUCAAUGUAUCUCGUAUCCCUUCUUUCGGUGCCCUUUGCAUUGAAAUCUCUUUCUCUGAUUCGAGCUUCGUACAUAGUUCUGGGUGUUCUCCUUCUUGAAUUCUAGGGUUUGUUGUUGAAGACGAUUUUUGAGACUUCGGGCUUUGUAAUGGCUGGGAUGUGUUGUAGAGUUCUGGGAGAAACUGAGACUUCUGCUACCGUUGAGGCGGGUUCAAAAUCAGCGAGGCGGAGGAGAUUGGAAAUUCAUCGGUUCAAGCUGGUUGCCGCCGACGCAUCUAUACAGACGCCGGAGACUAAUCGGAAGAGGCAAAAAGUAGAGGCCGUAAGUCUACCGGUUCUACCACCACGUGAGUGGAAGAACGCCGUUCGGAAUAUUAAGAUUAAUGAAAAUCAACUUGCUGAAGAUGGUAAAUCAGAGUCGAAGAAUAUGAAUCAGUAUGGAUCUCCGUCGCCGUCUGAGAGAAUCGAGGGCGAGGUGGUCUCAGAGUGUCCGAAGUUUGGUAUGACUUCUAUAUGUGGAAGGAGGAGAGAUAUGGAAGACGCGGUGGCGAUACAUCCAUCGUUUUGUGGUCGGAAUGAUGAGAUUCCGAGUGGUUUACACUUCUUCGGCGUCUAUGAUGGCCAUGGAUGCUCACAUGUGGCGAUGAAGUGCAGAGAUCGAAUGCAUGAGAUAGUGAAAGACGAGUUUGAGAGUAAGGAAGCUUCAUGGAAUGAAACGAUGAUGGAGAGCUUCUCUCGUAUGGACAAGGAGGUGAUUGAAUGUAGCCGUGGUGCAACUGUCUCGAGCGCGAAGUGCAGGUGUGAACUUCAAACUCCGCAGUGCGACGCCGUUGGAUCUACUGCGGUUGUUUCCGUUGUGACUCCGGACAAGGUCAUCGUCUCCAACUGCGGUGAUUCUCGCGCUGUGCUUAGUCGGAACGGCGUCGCUAUUCCUCUCUCCUCCGAUCAUAAGCCUGAUCGACCGGACGAACUCAGUCGAAUCGAAGAAGCCGGUGGCCGCGUCAUUUUCUGGGACGGUCCUCGAGUUCUCGGAGUCCUAGCAAUGUCCAGAGCAAUCGGCGAUAAUUACUUGAAGCCAUACGUGAUUUCAGAACCGGAAGUAACCAUAACGGAUCGUACACCGGGCGACGAGUGCCUAAUACUCGCCAGCGAUGGUCUAUGGGACGUGGUGUCGAACGAGACCGCUUGCAGCAUCGUGCGGAUGUGUCUGCAAGCUCAAAAGCCACCGUCGCAGCCGGCGAGCAGCGUAGGCUCGUCAGAGGCCGUACAUAGCUUCGAUAAGGCUUGCUGGGACGCGUCGAUACUAUUGACCAAGCUUGCUUUGGCUAGGCGUAGCACCGAUAACAUAAGCGUUGUGGUGGUGGAUUUGAGGAGAAAUCUAUAGCUAUACAAGGUUGGGGUGUGGGUUUCCUUUCUUUUUGUAUGUAAUCUUUUCCGGCUGGCGAAGCUCCGGUGCCAGUUUCAUCUUUGAAAUUGUAAUUAUUAUGUUAUUUUUUUCUUAUUAGCAACGCUAAUUUUCUUUAUCGGGAAAAAGGGUAAGAGUAAUCAUUCUCUUUUUUUUUUCAAGUGGAAGGAUGGAGGUAAGAAGAGCGUCCAACAAUCGCUCGUUAAGUCUUUACUGACGGGAUUUUAA